UGGGACUACGUGUACGACCGACUACGGUUAUAUGAUCAGGAAAUGAUCAAGGGAUACUCCCAGGAUAUCGACAACCUCCUCAUCUUUGUGCCCGCCCCUGCGUCUGUCGAACCGCUGAAUAUGUCCUUUCAGGCCGAUUCCCAUGUGGUCGCGAUCAACACGCUCUGGUUCCUGAGCCUGAUCCUCGCCCUCGCCUCCGCUCUCCUCGGCAUAUUCGUGAAGCAAUGGCUUCGCGAGUACAUGGCAUGGCCGAACAUCUCCCCCGUUCAGCACGCCAUACAGCUUCGGGAGUUCCGCUACGAUGCCUUUCAAAACUGGAAAGUCCCCACUAUCGUG